AUGCUACCGAAUUCAAAAGUUGAAUCAAAUAUAGAAGUGGACCAUUCGCUAUCGGAUCUUUCAAGUGAUAAUACUGUCCAUUUAAAGAGAAAUCUUAAAAAUAGACAUGUUUCUUUGAUUGCAUUAGCUGGUAUUAUUGGUCCUGGUAUUCUUAUAGGUGCAUCCUUGGCCCUUAAAAAUGGUGGGCCAGCAAGUUUAAUUAUUGGAUUUGGCUUCAUAGGUCUAGUUGCAUUUAGUAUGAUGCAAUCAUUGGGGGAAUUAGCCACAAUAUAUCCAACGGGAGGAGCAUUUUCGACAUUAGGUAAUAAAUUUGUGGAUCCAGCAUUCGGUGGAACUGUUGGAUGGAACUAUGUUAUCGUUUGGGUUGCAGUUUUAGCAAAUGAAUACAAUACUGUUGGUUCCAUAAUGCAAUUUUGGGGUCCAGAGGUUCCAUUAUAUGGUUACAUCUUGAUUUUCUGGGCAGCCUUUUUAGCCUUUCAAUUUUUAGGAGUUGGAGCCUUUGGUGAAGCUGAGUAUUGGUUAGCUUUGUUUAAGCUUCUCGGUUUGGUCGUUUUUUACAUCUUCUCGAUAGUUUAUGUGGCGGGAGGUGUCAAAGGAAGACCAGCAUUUGGUUUCGAAUACUGGAACAAUCCAGGAGCCUUCAGUGAUGGCUUUAAAGGGGUGGCUAGUACAUUUGUGUUUGCUUCCACUUUUUAUUCUGGAACAGAAUCUAUUGCGAUCGCUGCAGCUGAAACUAGGAACCCGUCAACUGCCAUUCCAAAAGCAAUUAGGCAAACGUUCUGGAGAAUUGUCAUUGUUUAUAUGGGAAUUGCUAUUAGUUAUGGGAUGACUGUUCCUUAUAAUGAUCCAUCAUUGAACGAUGGCUCGAAGACAUUGCAAUCACCAAUGACUAUUGCUCUUGUUAGGGCUGGUUGGGCUCAAGCGGGUCACUUAAUUAAUGCAUUUAUCUUGAUAACAUGUGUAUCUGCUAUUAAUAGUUCGAUUUACAUUGGUUCAAGAACGAUUGUUAAUUUAGCAGCUGAAGGAUUUGCACCUAAGCUCCUCCGCAGAGUUAAUGGGCAAGGUGUUCCUUAUAUGUCGGUAAUUUUAAUGAAUUUAUUUGGUUUGAUUUCGUUGAUGAAUAUUAGUACUGGUGCUGCAGAUGCAUAUGACUAUAUUGUUAAUUUAUCAGGUGUUGCUGUUUUCAUUGUUUGGGGGUCCGUUUGCUAUAUUCAUUUUAGGUUUCGCAAAGCUUGGAAACUCCAAGGUAGAUCUAUCGAUGAAUUACCAUAUAAAGCAUUAUGGUUUCCUUGGUUAGCAAUAUUUGGUUUAUUUUUUUGUAUAUUUUUAGGUUUAGUUCAAGGUUGGUCAUAUUUUAAACCAUUUGAUGCUGCUAAUUUUGUUGACGCUUACAUACUUUUGCCAUUUUUUGUCGUGCUAUUCGUUUUCUUUAAAAUUGUUAAUAAAACGAAAUGGGUUAAACUUGAUGAAAUUGAUUUAGAUGAUGGAAGAAGACACGAUAUUGACGUAAAGAAAGAAGUUGAAAGCGAGGAAUAA